CGGUCCAGGGGGCGAUGCUGAAAUGAUGCAACCAGAGGAGGGGGAGAGAGGAUCAUCCGGCUGCUGCCAGACUGAAAGAAACUGACGUCCGAAACCGAUGCUGCCCGCAGUCCGAAGUUGUGAAUAAGUGAACUGUUUUCUCCGCCAAAUGAGCCGUCGUUGGACAUUUAUCAACGCGUCAAACACAAACAUGAGAAGAACCGCAGAUUGAGCCGCAGAUGCAUCGGCGUCACAGAGCUCAGUAUGAAGAAGUCGGUCCGGCCCGCGGCGAGUAAAGGCAGCGGAGACCGAGGGAAGGCUGAGAGCGCAGCGACCUCCGGGGCCGCGAAGCCAGCAGCCAAGACGAGCGCCACGGCACCUCUGUCUAAGGUGAAAAGCAACGAUGAUCUUUUAGCAGCGAUGGCUGGAGGCAAUCCGACGUCAAGUAAUCCUGUGAAUAAGACCAAGAGGACCGCCUCCGUGGGGACUAAUGCUAGUAACCUAGACAGCAAGCCAAAGACCACGGCGGGUGCCUCAUCCAAGCGGACAACCUCUUCGAUUUCCAAGGAGCCGAAUUCCUCACGAGAGCGUCUCCGCACGUCCAGGACGUCGGCCAGUAAGAAGCAGGCGGUGUCCGGGGCCGGGACGGGGGAUGCGGCGGCGUCAGGGAAGCGCUCCCGAGGACAGCCUCCGGCGGAGUCCGAUGGCCGUAUGAGCAAGUCCAAAUCCGACGGCCAGAUCAGCGACAAGGUGGCUCUGGAGACCAAAGUCAAAGACCUGUUGGGUUUGGCUAAAAGCAAAGACGUGGAGAUCCUCCACCUGCGCGGCGAGCUGAGGGACAUGAGGGCCCAGCUCGGCUUGGGAGGGAAGGAAGAAGCCAGGGAGGAGGAGGAAGAGGAGGAAGAGGAGGAGCAGGUGGAGGAGCAGGUGGAGGAGGUGGAGAAGCCCCAGGUUUCAGCCAUCACGGCGGCUGACGUGGAGUCGACGCUGAUCCUCUUGCAGGAGCAGAACCAGUCCAUCAGAGUGGAGCUCAACCUCCUGAAGAGUGAGAACCGGAUGCUGAAGGACCGGCUCAACGCGCUGGGCUUCUCCCUGGAGCAGAGGCUGGACGCCUCCGACAAGCUGUUCAACUACGCCUGCCUCAGCCCGGACCUGGCCGCCGGCAGCGGGCAGAGUGACGGCGGCGGCACGGGCACCCUGACCUCCUCGGUGGAGGGCUCGGCCCCCGGCUCCCUGGAGGAUCUGCUGGCGGGGCACCAGCACGGGGGCUCGGCGGACAACCUCGACAGCGAAUCCAGCGAGGUCUACCAGGCGGUCACCUCCAGCGACGACGCCCUGGACGCGCCCUCCUCCUCGGAGUCGGAGAGCGCGCCGAGCCGCGAGCGCUCCCGCCGGGGCAGCAGCGACAACGCCAGCGAGGUGUCGGUGGCCUGCCUGACGGAGCGCAUCCACCAGAUGGAGGAGAACCAGCACAGCACGGCCGAGGAGCUGCAGGCCACGCUGCAGGAGCUGGCCGACCUGCAGCAGAUCACGCAGGAGCUCAACGGGGAGAACGAGCGGCUGGGCGAAGAGAAGGCGAUCCUCAUGGACUCGCUGUGCCAGCAGAGCGACAAGCUGGAGCUGUACGGCCGCCAGAUCGAGUACCUGCGCGCGCUGCUGGACGACCACCACGUCUCCUACGGCCUGGAGGAGGACAUCAAGAGCGGCCGCUACCUGGAGCUGGAGCAGCGCUACUCGGACCUGUCGGACAACGCCCACUUUGACAGGGAGCAGCUGCUCGGAGUCCAGCAGCACCUGUCCAACACCCUGAAGAUGGCCGAGCAGGACAACGCCGAGGCCCAAGAGAUGAUCGGGGCGCUGAAGGAGCGGAACCACCAGAUGGAGCGCAUCAUGGAGUCGGAGAGGCAGGGUCGAGCCGCCAUGGGGGCCGCCCUCGAGGAGUACAAGGCGGCGGUGAGCAGCGACCAGGCGGAGCUGAGCCGCUGCAGGAGCCAGCUGGACCAGGAGAGGCAGCGGGUGGCCGAGUUGUACUCGCUGCACACGGCCGGGGACAAAAACGACAUCUGCCAGCUGCUGGAAGGGGUACGGCAGGGGAAGGAGGAGGCGGAGGCCAAGGCGGCCAAGCUGCAGGAGGAGCUGGCGCAAGCCCACGGUGAACUCGCCCGGCUGCAGGAGACUUUCAGUAAGCUGGACCGGGACUACAGGCACUUCCAGGAGCAGGUGCAGCAGCAGAUGGCGGAGCAGGAGCGCGUCCUGGAGAAGCAGCGCGCGGAGCUGCAGGAGAAGGAGACCGAGAUCGCGGACAUGAAGGAAACCAUCUUUGAGCUGGAGGACGAGGUGGAGCAGCACCGCGCCCUUAAACUCCACGACAACCUCAUCAUCACGGACCUGGAGAACUCCAUGAAGAAGCUGCAGGACCAGAAGCACGACAUGGAGAGGGAGAUUAAGAUUCUUCACCGCAAACUGAGGGUAAGCAGGGAGGAGUCGAUGGAGUGGCGUCAGUUCCAGGCGGAUCUGCAGACGGCGGUCGUCAUCGCUAACGACAUCAAGUCCGAGGCGCAGGAGGAGAUCGGAGACCUGCGGCGCCGGCUGCAGGAAAACCAGGAGAAGAACGAGAAGCUGUGCAAGGAGCUGGACGAGGUCAAGAGCCGCAAGCAGGACGAGGAGCGAGGCCGAGUGUAUAACUACAUGAACGCGGUGGAGAGGGACCUGGCGGCUCUCAGGCAGGGGAUGGGUCUCAGCCGCCGAUCCUCCACCUCCUCGGAGCCCUCGCCCACCGUCAAGACCCUCAUCAAGAGCUUCGACAGCGCCUCGCAAGGCCCACCUUCUAACGGGAGUCCCUGCACGACGCCGACCGCCGCCGCCGCUCCGCUGCCGCGCACCCCCCUCAGCCCGAGUCCCAUGAAGACGCCCCCAGCCGCGGCUGUCUCGCCCAUACAGAGACACUCCGUACCCGGCUCCAUGUCAGCAGCCAAGCCGCUCUCGUCCCUGAGCGACAAGAGGCCCAGCUACACAGACCUCACCAUGCCAGCCGAGCACCUUCUCAGGGGAACCUCUGCUAGCCGACCUGCGUCUGUCCACCAGAGGGGCUCCAACAUGGACUCCACCAAGACGAUAUCGGUGUCCCGUCGGAGCAGCGAGGAGAUAAAGAGGGACAUGUCUGCUCCGGAUUCCUCCUCCAGCUCCCUGAUGGCCAUGAGUGCCGCCUCGUCGCCGCUCUCCCUGUCUUCCUCCUCCCCCACCGCCUCCAUCACCCCCACAGCACGCAGCCGCCUAAGAGAAGAGAGAAAGGACCCGCUGUCGGCACUGGCCCGGGAGUACGGAGGCUCCAAGAGAAACGCCCUGCUGAAGUGGUGCCAGAAGAAGACAGAGGGUUAUCAGAACAUUGACAUCACGAACUUCAGCAGCAGCUGGAACGACGGCCUGGCCUUCUGCGCGGUGCUGCACACCUACCUGCCCGCACACAUCCCCUACCAGGAGCUCACCAGCCAGGAGAAGAGGAGAAACUUCACCUUGGCUUUCCAGGCUGCAGAGAGUGUGGGCAUCAAAUGCACUCUGGACAUAAAUGAGAUGGUGCACACGGAGCGGCCGGACUGGCAAAGUGUCAUGACUUACGUUACGGCCAUUUACAAGUACUUUGAGACCUGACUCUGCCGCCAUCUCCCCCACCCUGCAGCACAAUCUCUCGACCCCCCCCCCCCCCCCCAGUAUUAAGCAUCCACUGUUACACUACUUAGCCACGAUAUCUUCUUCUUCUUCUUCUUUCGGUCCACGUCUGAAAAGAGCUGCAUGAAAAAGGAAGUGCCUUCUACCUGGCGAAUAAUAUUCCUUCACCCUCAAAACUAGUUUCCAGGGGGGGGGGGGAAAUCCUGCAAUUCUGACUUUUGAAUCAUUUGCGGGGGGAAACUUCUACGCAAACGACCCUCAUUCCCCAAAACGACCAACAUUACAAGACAAGACGCAGCCUUAUUGCACCAAGUCUUCCAGACGUCACAGAAAGAUACAGGUGCCUCUCUCUCUUCUGGUGGAUAAAGUGCCUGUGUGAGGGGACCAGGAAAUGCGCUCUCCCUACGUGCCAAACCUCCACAGAAGUCGGCAGUGUUUUUUUUGUUUUUUUUUGAAGCAGGAGAUUUUCAGGAGCCGUUGCCAUAUCUGCUUCGCCGCCUUUCCGAUUGUAGAUUUCUGACAUGAUUGCUUAAGGGGACGGAUGCGCCGCUGCAGACGGCUACUACGCCAGCAUCGGCUCGUGACUGACAGAGAUAUGCCGUGUUCUGCGGAUCUGCCACACGUGAGGCAGCGCGGACGCCUGCUGACCGGUGCGUGCAGAGACAAUGAGGGUUUGCACUUGGACCCUUUUUUCAUUCGGCACAUUCAUGCACACGGCAUCGUUUCAUCGUUACCAAAAAUAUGAGCGAGUAGUAUUCAGUCGUUUGAUCAAAUGUGUGUUUUCCCUGUUUUGGGAAUUAUGCCUGGAACAAGGAGCUGGUUAGUUAAGCGUGGCAUAAACAAAACGCUCACUCAUUCAGACACGUUACCUGUUAAUUAUCUCUUUAGUGCUAGAGGCUGCUUAGAGGGGCUUGUUGGCAGCUUUAUAUCGAACAAAGCCAGGUAAGCUGUUUCCUCUCUGGUUCCCAGUCCUGAUGCUAAGCUAAACCAGUCACCAGUGAGGGGCUCCAAUCCUCUCGCCCUUCAACCGGCAGGACGGCAAAGAAAUUGUAUUUCCUAAAACCCUAUAUCAUUUCUAUGUGUCAUCAUUCAUUUUCACCUCAAAAUAUGCCCAAGUAAUUGGACAAUUCAUUGCACCAUUGCAAUAUUUAGUGUGUUAAUACUGACGUGGUGUUAGGCAAGUAGUUUGGGAAACUACUGUUUUGAAAUUCUUAGGAUGACUUAGUUAUUAUAGAGAUACUUUGUAGCACACAAUGUCAUAGAAUUUGUGCGAUUUCAGUCAGUACCAUUAAUGUGCACAGAAACUUUAAGUCCCCUUAUUUUGUAUUUAGAAGCACUAUAGAAACAUGUCAUUAAUGGUUUAUAGCGCUGUGUAAUGUAGUUUUAAGAGCUUUAAGGACAGUUUGAAUGUUUAAUAAUGUAUUCUUUGUCAACAGUAAUAACUUCUAACAAGAUUUAUUUAUAUAAUUACAACUGAUUCACUAUAUAGUCCUUUAUUUAUCUGUUAGUAUAGCAGCCUCCACUUAUGGGUGUCCACAGGAAGAAUUACAGUUGUAGAAAGAUACAUUAAUAAACACUAAUUUAUGUUUACAGCUGGGUUUUAAGUAAAUAAUCAGUCGUUUAAAUGUAUACAUGAUCCUUCAAAAUGCUAAAUAAGGGGAUUUAAAGUAAUGCGCCACCAUGUUAUGCGGUCUGACUGCUGUGUUUAUCUUGCCUCGACAUGCCAAGUUCACUGUAUUUAUUUUUGCAUGGUUAACAACCCUGGUAGUGAGGUCAUUGCUUUAUGUGUGUGUGUGUGUGUCUGGAGUGUAAGUGAAUUUAUUAGACAGACAGUAAGUAGCUGCACUGAGAUAAGCUGUUCGUAUUCCGCACCAACUUCCUGCCUUAACAGUUCAGCCGAGGGAAAGCGACAUUUCAGACCGCGUUUAUCUUUGCAUUGUGUCGCAGUGUGCAACCGGUCACUAAAAACAAGGCCCUUCUGGUUUGAGCCCCUCGAGGAACGCCAGUGGUGCGUGAUGAUGGUCACUAACCGUUUUUCGUCUCGUAUUUUUAGAAGCGCAUCCUGCCCAGCAACAUCCACACUGUGUGUGUGUGUGUGUGGCUGCGGGGGACAUUCAGUGAUUUAAGAUAGCACAAGAAUCUACAACAAUGACAUUUUCGUGUGUGUGUGUGUGUGUGUGUGCGAUUGAAUAUUUAAUGAGUUCUGAAAGCACCGUCUCUGUUGACAGCGGUUUUGUUGCUGAGGAUUGUCAGCCAGCGGUUUUUACGGUGUCCCGCGCGGGCCCCACGUGUGUUUUUUUUAUUAUUUUUAUUUUUUUUAUUGGUCCCGUCAGCAACGUCCCGAGAGCUCCGGAAAGACUCGAAGCCUCUCCCAUCGUGGAAGUGGAAUGUGUUUCGGCUUUACGAGGCCCCGCGUGUGUUCAUCCAUCGAGUGAUGGAUGAACGCGAGCGGAGACCAGGCGGCUCGUGAAAGCAAGGAAGCACAUUCCACCUCCACGUGACGCAUUCGCGAGGGACACGUUACGCCACUCGGGACCGGAGAUGUGUACAGCUUUACCACAACGAGCAAAGCAAAUGUGAAAAGUCAACCUACAUUUAUUUUUCUUUGUUUACUUGAAAAAUGCUCUGAAAAGUCCACUGAACCUGCUUUACUUUUUUUUAAUUUAGUAUUCCAUGUUGCCUUUUUUAUUUUUAUAAUCCAUUCCGCCUUUUUUUUGUUUUUUUUUACGUGAAUUGUUUUCCCUCAUUACACUACAUGCAGUGCUGAAAUGGGCCCUUUGACAGGGUGUAUGUGUGAGUGUCAAGGGACUAAGCUACAGUAUUAAGUGCACACUACGAUGAUAAUCAGUAAGAAAUAAACAAAACAAAAAACAUUCUGUCCUGUCCAACAUUCUUCAUUUUUUUUCCUUCUUCUUGGACCAUUGAAACCGACUCAUUUGUCGUCUUUGUCUCGGUAAGUGGUUUUAACUUUAGGGUGAGAAUGGCUGUGAUUGGCUUGGCUUGAUGGCUUGACUGGAGGAAUUAAGUGUUUCGCAAUCAGAAACGCUGAAGUGACGACACACACUCUG